GGCUGUCAAAAUUUUUUAGGUUAUAUUUUUUCAAAAAACAUCACAACCGCAAAAAAUGUAGCUUUUUUCGGUAAAAAUAUGCAGAUACGCUAGGUUCUUAUUUAUUUUUGUACGAUGUUAUUGUUGCCCUAGUCGAGCGGAACGUUUCUUUUAAGAUUUACCUCGAUUUUAAGCCGGAAAAAUCCAAAACGUUUGGAAAAAAUGGGCGAUUUGACGAAAGAUAUACAGGCCGAAGCCGGGGGAGAUCUUCUGCCCCCCAAUGAAGAACUGGAAGAACGGAAAUCGACCAAGAAACGUAGUACCGGCGUGAGUUUAAGAAGUCAACUGCCCAGACCUCAGAGAAGCGUUAACCGGAGACUGAACCCCGGGUACUAUUUACAAGAUAACUUAGAAAAUCCUCCUAGUAGGGAGACGGUACAUGAAGCAAACGCACUCUAUCUACUAAUGCUGAGAGAACAGAUGCAGGAAUUAGGCCUGGAAAUAGCCCAAAUCGAUCCGGCAUUGGGUAGGCACCGGCCAGGCUUUUGGAACGCUAGAAAUCUCAGGGCUUUGGCAGGGCAAUUCGCUCAAUCGCCUCAAAGACUGUGGGUGUACGAGCAGGCUCAAAACGUCGACCUGGAUUCGUUGAAUUUUAUCACUUUUCAACAGCUACUGAACGGUUUGUUUGAGGAGGGUGGUGUAACGUGGGAACGAGUGUUGGUGUUGUUCUAUUUUUGUACCGAUCUCUCUGUUAGGGCUUUCCAGGAAAAGUUUAUCAAUCAUUUUUUGGACAUCUACAACUGGACGACUGUUUUUUUGAGCGGAAGAUUUUCGAGCUGGGUCGAAUCUCAAGGUGGAUGGGGUACUGUGCUGCACCGAUCUGUUAACUACGUCACAGGUACCACGUUGGUCGUGGUGUGUUGUCUGGCCAUAGCCGCCGGAUUUUGGUACCUAAAAAGAAGAUAACCUCGAACCCCUCGUGGUUUUUUCGGUUCUGGAUGGAUGCUGAGCUGAACCCCCUCUGUAUAUGCUGUUGUUCUUCCAGUUCUUCACUGCCAAUAUCUGGGCUCCCAUUCUCAUGUGCCUGCUCCUUUACGCUGUGCUGUACUGCGUGUGGUACUUCAAACGGUGAAGACGCGCUGCCAGUAUUUUUAUUUACAUUUUUACAUUACCUAGAUUAAAAAUCUUUUUCUAUACUUUUUCGUUUUCCAAGAGAACUAUAUAAAUAAAGAAUCGUUUUAUUUGUUUA